AGCGGACCUGGCCGGUAAGCCUGCCUCUCAUCUCACACAGCUCUCCUACACUGAGCUGGUGCAGGAGGUCUGCUCUCUCUUCAUCCCCCAGCACCUCAUCCCCAGAGCGGACCUGGCCGGUAAGCCUGCCUCUCAUCUCACACAGCUCUCCUACACUGAGCUGGUGCAGGAGGUCUGCUCUCUCUUCAUCCCCCAGCACCUCAUCUCCAGAGCGGACCUGGCCGGUAAGCCUGUCUCUCAUCUCACACAGCUCUCCUACACUGAGCUGGUGCAGGAGGUCUGCUCUCUCUUCAUCCCCAGAGCGGACCUGGCCGGUAAGCCUGUCUCAUAUCUCACACAGCUCUCCUACACUGAGCUGGUGCAGGAGGUCUGCUCUCUCUUCAUCCCCCAGCACCUCAUCCCCAGAGCGGACCUGGCUGAUAAGCCUGCCUCUCAUCUCACACAGCUCUCCUACACUGAGCUGGUGCAGGAGGUCUGCUCUCUCUUCAUCCCCCAGCACCUCAUCCCCAGAGCGGACCUGGCCGGUAAGCCUGCCUCUCAUCUCACACAGCUCUCCUACACUGAGCUGGUGCAGGAGGUCUGCUCUCUCUUCAUCCCCCAGCACCUCAUCUCCAGAGCGGACCUGGCCGCUCUCCUCAGCACAGCGUUCAGCCGGUUCCCGCUGGCAGAGGUGGUGCGUGUGGCCAGGCUGAAGGACGGACUUCGUGUGGUGGAGUUGUGGCACGGGGCUACGCUGGCCUUCAAGGACCUGGCCAUGUCCUGCGUGGGGCAGUUCCUGCGCUACUUCCUGAGCAAGCUCAACAGACACGCCACCAUCGUGGUCGGGACCUCCGGAGACACGGGGAGCUCAGCUAUCGAGAGCGUGCGCGGGAUGGAGGGGGUCGACAUCAUCGUGACCUUCCCAAAGGGGCGCUGCACCCCUGUGCAGGAGCUGCAGAUGACCACCGUCAAGGAGGACAACGUGCACGUGUUUGCAGCUGAUGGCACCUCUGAUGACAUCGACGUGCCGAUCCGGAAGCUGUUCUCCGACGCUGGGUUUGUGGAGCAGCACGGGCUGAUGAGUCUGAACUCUGUGAACUGGGCUCGGAUCAUGGUGCAGGUGGCACACUUCUUCUACGCCUACUUUCAGUGCGCACCCUCACUGGAGAACUCACCGCUGCCUGAAGUGGAGAUAGUGGUGCCCACUGGGGGAGCUGGGAACAUCACAGCUGGGUGUGUGGCAGUGAAGAUGGGCCUGCCUGUGCGCCUCGUUGCCGUGGUGAAUGAGAAUGAUAUCAUCCACAGAGCCGUUCAGCUUGGGGAUUUCUCCCUAUCCGAGUCUGUGAAGCACACGCUGGCUCCAGCCAUCGAUAUCCAGGACCCCUACAAUAUGGAGCGGGUGUUCUGGCUGCUGUCUGGAAUGGAUAGCAGCUUGAUGAAAGGGCUGAUGGAGGAGUUCUACUCCACAGGGAAGCUGAGAUUACCACCAGGUUUGCACAAGACGGUCUCAGAGGUGGUGUCCUCCCGGUCAGUGACGGACAGAGACAUCGUGGAGACCAUGAGGAGAUGCUGGGAGGAGAACCACUACCUGCUGUGCCCCCACUCUGCGGUCGCAGUGCAGCAUCAUUACCAGCAGCAGCAGCAGCUCAAACACGCCAGUCUUCCCAGGUGUUGCCUAGCAACUGCCUCUGCGGCGAAGUUCCAGGAUGCAGUGCUGAAGGCGGGACUAACCCCCGAGAUCCCUGCGGAAAUCCGAGCCCUGGAAACCAUGGUGACACACUCCACCCCGAUGAGGAGAGGGGAAUGCUGGGAAGGAAUCCUGAGAGAGAAGAUUGAGCUCAUCUCCAGCACCAGGAAAGGAGGGAACUCCGUGUAGCUCACCUUACACAUACUGGACAAUUUCAGUAUUUUACUGUGCAAUAAUCCAGUUCUGAAAACAUUUAAAAAUGUUUUUCAGAAAUGUAAAUGUGACCCUUGCUGCUUAGAAAAUCUGGCAAUAAAAUAAAUAAAUAAAUAAAUAAAAAUAAUAACAACAUUGUUA